AUGUCUGGUUGUUUGGACAAUUUCCGAUGGCCCGAGUGUGAGUGCCUUCAAGUGGGUGAAAAGAGAAAUAUGAUUGCAUCUAUUGUAGCAGGUUCAUUUUUUGGAAUUGGUUGGUGGAUUAUGAUUGAUGCAGCAGCAGCAUACCCAGAGAUGGCAGACUUGCAUCAUGCAUGUCACACUGCUGGAGUUAUUGGAACAGUGGCCUUAUUUAUGAUAAAUUCUGUAUCCAAUGGCCAGGUGAGGGGAGAUGCCUACACUGUUGGUUGUAUGGGACAAACAGGAGCUAGAAUCUGGUUAUUUAUUGGCUUCCUUCUGGGAUUUGGAGCUUUGAUAGCAGCCUCCUGGAUUCUCUUUGGAGUUUAUGUAGUACCAAUGAAACAGCCACAGUGGCCAGGAGUAGCAGUUUUCCUACAAAAUGCUCUGAUAUUCUUCAGUGCCCUGAUAUUCAAGUUUGGGAGAACAGAAGAUCUCUGGGGAUGAACAGCAUGAAGUACUGACACUUCAACAUUAUUAAAAAUUGUAUAUAAUGGACAGACAGCCAUUUUACAUAAUACAUGUACAAUAUACUUUUGUCAGCUUUAACUCACAAA